CCGGGCGCAGCGGCGGCGGCGGCGGGGCCUGGAGCCGGAUCUAAGAUGGCAGCGGCGGCGGCAGCGGUGGGGCCGGGCGCGGGCGGCGCGGGGUCGGCGGGCCCGGGCGGCGCGGGGCCCUGCGCGGCCGUGUCCGUGUUCCCCGGCGCCCGCCUCCUCACCAUCGGCGACGCGAACGGCGAGAUCCAGCGGCACGCGGAGCAGCAGGCGCUGCGCCUCGAGGUGCGCGCUGGCCCGGACGCGGCGGGCAUCGCCCUCUACAGCCAUGAAGAUGUGUGUGUCUUUAAGUGCUCGGUGUCCCGAGAGACAGAGUGUAGCCGCGUGGGCAAGCAGUCCUUCAUCAUCACCCUGGGCUGCAACAGCGUCCUCAUCCAGUUCGCCACACCCAACGAUUUCUGUUCCUUCUACAACAUCCUGAAAACCUGCCGGGGCCACACCCUGGAGCGGUCCGUGUUCAGCGAGCGGACGGAGGAGUCUUCUGCCGUGCAGUACUUCCAGUUUUAUGGCUACCUGUCCCAGCAGCAGAACAUGAUGCAGGACUACGUGCGGACAGGCACCUACCAGCGCGCCAUCCUGCAAAACCACACUGACUUCAAGGACAAGAUCGUUCUUGACGUUGGCUGUGGCUCCGGGAUCCUGUCGUUUUUUGCCGCCCAAGCUGGAGCACGGAAAAUCUACGCGGUGGAGGCCAGCACCAUGGCCCAGCACGCCGAGGUCUUGGUGAAGAGUAACAACCUGACAGACCGCAUCGUGGUCAUCCCGGGCAAGGUGGAGGAGGUGUCGCUCCCCGAGCAGGUGGACAUCAUCAUCUCGGAGCCCAUGGGCUACAUGCUCUUCAACGAGCGCAUGCUGGAGAGCUACCUCCACGCCAAGAAGUACCUGAAGCCCAGCGGAAACAUGUUUCCUACCAUUGGUGACGUCCACCUUGCACCCUUCACGGAUGAGCAGCUCUACAUGGAGCAGUUCACCAAGGCCAACUUUUGGUACCAGCCAUCGUUCCAUGGAGUGGACCUGUCCGCCCUCCGAGGCGCCGCGGUGGAUGAGUAUUUCCGGCAGCCUGUGGUGGACACAUUUGACAUCCGGAUCCUGAUGGCCAAGUCUGUCAAGUACACGGUGAACUUCUUAGAAGCCAAAGAAGGAGAUUUGCACAGGAUAGAAAUCCCAUUCAAAUUCCACAUGCUGCAUUCAGGGCUGGUCCAUGGCCUGGCUUUCUGGUUUGACGUUGCUUUCAUCGGCUCCAUAAUGACCGUGUGGCUGUCCACAGCCCCGACAGAGCCCCUGACUCACUGGUACCAGGUGCGGUGCCUGUUCCAGUCACCACUGUUCGCCAAGGCAGGGGACACGCUCUCAGGGACAUGUCUGCUUAUUGCCAACAAGAGACAGAGCUACGACAUCAGUAUUGUGGCCCAGGUGGACCAGACCGGCUCUAAGUCCAGUAACCUCCUGGAUCUGAAAAACCCCUUCUUCAGAUACACGGGCACGACACCCUCACCCCCACCCGGCUCCCACUACACAUCUCCCUCGGAAAACAUGUGGAACACGGGCAGCACCUACAACCUCAGCAGCGGGAUGGCCGUGGCAGGUGAGCAGGGCACACCCCAAUGCCCAGCCAACCCGGGAGGCCGCCCUCACCCCAGGCCUGGCCCCUGUGCCUCCAGCCCUGACGUCUCCCUCUCUGGGCACAGGGAUGCCGACCGCCUACGACCUGAGCAGUGUUAUUGCCAGUGGCUCCAGCGUGGGCCACAACAACCUGAUUCCUUUAGGGUCCUCCGGCGCCCAGGGCAGCGGUGGUGGCGGCACCAGUGCCCAUUAUGCAGUCAACAGCCAGUUCACCAUGGGCGGCCCUGCCAUCUCCAUGGCGUCACCCAUGUCCAUCCCGACCAACACCAUGCACUACGGGAGCUAGGGGCCUGCCCCACGGACUGACAGCACCAGGAAACCAAAUGAUGUCCCCGCCCGCCCCCCCGCCGGGCGGCUUUCCCCCUUGUACUGGAGAAGCCCGAACACCCAGUCACAGCCCUCUUUGCUAUGGGAACUGGGACACUUUUUUACACGAUGUUGCCACCAUCCCCAACCUAACCCCCACCUCCCAGCCCUGAGCGUGUGUCGCUGCCAUAUUUUACACAAAAUCAUGUCGUGGGAGCCCUCGUCCCCCUCCUGCCCACUCCACCCUGACCUGGGAUUGUCAUCUGUUGGAACAGGCGCCAUGGGGCCUGCCAGCCCUGCCUGCCAGGUCCCUUAGCACCUGUUCCCCUGCCUGUCUCCAGUGGGAAGGUAGCCUGGCCAGGCGGGGCCUCCCCUUCGACGACCAGGCCUUGGUCACAACGGACGUGACAUGCUGCUUUUUUUAAUUUUAUUUUUUUACGAAAAGAACCAGUGUCAAUCCGCAGACCCUCUGUGAAGCCAGGCCGGCCGGGCCGAGCCAGCAGCCCCUCCCUAGACUCAGAGGCGCCGCGGGGAGGGGUGGCCCCGCCGAGGCUUCAGGGGCCCCCUCCCCACCAAAGGGUUCACCUCACACUUGAAUGUACAACCCACCCCACUGUCGGGAAAGCCUCCGUCCUCGGCCCCUGCCUCUUGCUGCUGUCCUGUCCCCGAGCCCCUGCAGUCCCCCCAGCACCCCCCAACCCAGAGUUAGAGCAGGUGGCUGCAGGCCUUGGGCCCGGAGGGAAGGCCACUGCCGGCCACUUGGGGCAGACACAGACACCUCAAAGAUCUGUCACGGAAGGCGUCCUUUUUCCUUGUAGCUAGUGUUAGGCCUGAGUAGCUCCCCUCCAUCCUUGUAGACGCUCCAGUCCCUACUACUGUGACGGCAUUUCCGUCCCUCCCCUGCCUGGGAAGGGACCUUGCAGGGACCUCUCCCUCCAGAAAAAAAAAAAAAA